AUGUCGAUGUAUUACAGCGAUGACGGUGUGAUACAGGAUGGUGAUACACUGGAGGAGGUACAGGAGAAAGCCAGGAAGCACGGCAGAGCGAUUGCCAUGGACUUCCUAGGUACCGCUGUCAGGAGGCAGGUUCCGUGUGAGAUCAACCGGUGCAGAUUCUUCUUGGAGCAGUACGAACGUAACAUGCGAGAGGAGAAGAACGCUUCACUUGUUCGACUGUUCCGGAUGAAGAUUACCAUGUUUGCAAGCAUCAUCGAGACGCUGCGCAUCCACAUGAAGGACGCACCGGAGAUCGGGCCUGAGUACCGCGCGCCUGAGUACCGCGAUAAGGGCCGGGGAGGAGAAUACAGUAUGCGUGAGAGAGAGAUAAUAAGAGAAUGGGAGAAAGGGAGACGCGAUGAGUGCAUGGGUGUUUCACCACCCCUCCAUUCGACCUGUGCCUACACCGGUCGUAUACGACCUGCUUUCCCGCGCAUUUGCCCGUCGCGGGAGAACGGAGGGGGGGCGAUGCAGGGAGCGGAGGGAGCGACGAGGGGGAGCGCAGGGAGUGUCAAGUACGUCAGCUCUCUGACCAGCAAGUGUUUCCGCUCGCACGACGUGUGUGUGAUGUGCGGGGUGCUGCUGGCGAACGACGAGGGGCGGAGGAGCAAGACGGUGCGGACGUUCCUGGGGAUGCUGGAGAACCGCUGGCGCAAGACGCCGUACAUGUGGGCGGUGCUGAACCAGCUGGUCUCCUCCGCCGCCUCCCCGAACGAGCGGCUGACCGCCUGCACGGCCUGCAUCAACUGGAUCCGCCGCUCGGUGGUGCGGAACUACUACCUCGCCAUCCUGCCCGAGCACCUCCGCCUCGCCCUGCAGGAGAGCGGGGGCGACGUGAACCAGUGCAUCCGGCGGGUGGUGCUCCGCUGGUUCAACGACGUCAACAACCGCUCCCCGAUCUUCCGCCACCCCGACACGGCCUACGUGGUCAGGAAGGCCCUCGGGUGGACGGGCGACCCUCUCCGGGAGGAGGAGGAGAAGGGGGAGGGCGCGGAGCAAACGGCCGAUGAACCCCAGACCCCCGGCUACACCCAGACCCCGAGUGAUGCCCAGACCCCCAUGUACGAGAUCGUCGAUGAUGACGAGGAGGGUUCGGGUGAAGAAUACGAGAGUGGUGUGUGGGUUCGGGAGAUGGGGGUCUGUGGCAUGAUGGGAUCGGCUGGGAUCACCGCCCUGAAGGGCCCGGCGAGCCAGCAGGUGGUGGGCAACUCCCUCGUGUACACGCUGGAGGUGGAGGACCGCGGGAGGAUGGCGGAGAGGCUCUCCGAGCUGGAGGAUAUCGUGCGGCUCGAGUCGCUCUCGGAAAGCCCGCACUGUGGCGCGCUGCAGUCGGCGAGCUACAAGGGUUUCCAGAGGGAGGCGCUGGCGUGGGCGAGGGGGUACCGCCCCGUGCCCCCCGGCGGGUGCCACUUCCCCGCCAACCUCGGCUACGUCACUUUCAUCGGCGGCAGGCUCAGCUACAUCCUCCCGCUUCCCGAUGCGCCGAAGGGAGAGCCGAUGGAGGACCGAUACUUGAACAGGUUCACUUCCUAUAUUGCCAGUGCGCUACAAGUCGAUGUUGGUAAGAUUAAGGAGUUUCUGCACGAUCCUAGAGGAGAAGAUGCAUGGUAUUCGACCUUUUCCAAUGUCGUGUGGUCAAUUGAAAACAUCCAGAAUUUAGCCAUUGCGGUGGUAGAUGGUGCGUACCCUUACAUCAAGGGCAAAAAGAAGUCCUAUGAUGGUACUGUGCAAGAUCGAGUUCUGCGUUCUUUAAUAUAUACAAACGUGAGAGGUAUGGUCAAUACUCUUUACAACGACAGAAAUCAAGAAAAGAUAGUGAAGGUCUUGCAGGAUGUAUCAAUCAUUCCUGCCCAGUAUUACAUCUAUUCAAUCGUCGGGGCUAUCGCCAUGCAUUUUCCUGGAGUUUGUGAGCGGGUCGAUCCCUUGGAAAGACACGUGGAUUCCAUCCUCAAGUUGCUACGGAAAGAUGAUUCUCCGAACGCUGCAGACAUGGAGAGAGCCGAGUAUCUUUUCGGUAUCAUUCGGGAAAUUAUUUGGAAUGAUUUGCGGGUCGAUCAGCACAAAUUACUUACACUGUUGCUGCUGUUCAUGAAUAAGAAUAGGGCGAAGAUAGGGAUGGAACCCAUACAGUUAAAAUCCAGCGGGAGCAGUAUCCUCCCGCGUGUCGGUGCCCGCAUCCCCCUCCGCGCCACCGCCAGCGAGGGGGAGGUGAGGGCGGUGGAGGGGGCUAAGCUGCCGUUCGUCGGGGCGCUGCAGAUCGUCUGCCGGCGCAAGGGCCUGGAGCACAACAUCAUCGAGCACGCCAUCGCCUGGGUGAGCUGCAGGAACUCGUACUCGGCGGUGCCCAUGGGGGGCGGGGUCUUCCUGGUGUCGGGCGACCUGGCGACUGCGGAGCUGCAGCACCUGCAGGUGAUGGCGGUGGCGGCGGGUCCUUCGGUGGCGAAGCUGGUCAGCAUCGGCGCCCCGCCCAACGUCAAGGACAUCCACAUGGGCACGGGGAGGCUGCCGCUGCGGGCGGUGCUGGAGAUGGCGGUCGGCGGGGAGGCCCUGGAGGAGGGGGAGUCGAGCAACGGCUUCAUGAGCGUGGGGUUCGACCCCGUGCAGCCCGACGUGGAGAUCGUGGUGAGGGCGGUCCCGCUGCCGGGCGGCCUGGGGGGCAAGUUCUCCGCGAUGAACCGGACGGCACUGGGGGAGUACCGGAGGAUGGAGGAUAAGCUGAUCCCCAUGGGGCAGGACCGGAUCAACCGGUACAACAUGCAGCAGAACGUGGUGGCGCUUAACUUCUGCCAGGAGAUGGAGCGGCGGGGCAUCAAGCGGCACCCGGAGGGGGUGAUGUCGGGCCUGUUCGUGAGCAGCAUCGGCAACACGCUGGUGGACGUCCUGACCAACAUGGACGUUAUCAUGCAGGAGAAGAUCCGUAUCUCGAGGACGACGGCGCUCGACGCCUUCGGCAUCACGGCGCUGCUCUUCCGGAUGACGGGGCUUUCGGCCCACGACCGCGUCGACGAGAGGGUGGCGGCGGACUGCCUCGCCAAUGUCGGCGGGCUGUUCGCCUCGGACCUGACCUACGCGAGUGACGUCAAGCCCCUGCUGCCGGAGAAGCGCCCGCAGGACCUGAAGCCGCUGCUGGACCGGAGUGAUGGUGAGGAGGAGGUGGUCGUGGUGUACGAAGAUUCUGGGAUGGGUUCUGGGAUGGGUUCUGGAAGUUCCAGGGUCGGUUCUUCCAUGAAGGCACUCGGGAGGGACGCCGGGGCGGACGCCCGCAAGAACGACCUGGAGACCGUCCCGGCCUACGCGAUGAGCGAGGACAUCAUGGUCCCUUUCUCGGACAUCUUCCUGCGGAUGUCGCACGCCCAAGAGACGCUGUUCAACCACCUCAGCGACACGGAGAGGCGGGGGUACCUGGAGGGGCUGCGGAGCGGGGACUGCGAGGACCUCUCCCACAUGGGCAUCCUGGGUUUCAGCUACAUGCGCCGCUUCUGUGUGCGGCUGAGCAGCAAGUGCGGGGUGAUCUACGACGAGUACCCGGAGCUGGAGCGGAUGACCAAGGAGGCGUUCGCGGAGGAGGUGUACCGCUCGAUCCGGGCGCAGGAGGAGGUCAAGGACUGGACGGACGACGAGCUCCGGGGGGUGAUCCGCCAGUGCGGCGAGUUCGGCGAGCACCUCCACGACACCUCGAUGCGGGCGGUGCUGAUGACGGCCAAGGCGGCGAAGAUGUCCGCGACCGGCAAGCCGAUGAACAUGCCCCCCGCGGGCCACUGCGCGGCCAUGAUCGUCAGGGGGAGGAGCUCUGUGGAGGCGGCGGCGCGCUCGCGGCCCGAGACCAGCCUGACCUCCGGGAUGGAGAACCAGCAGAGCAGCUACGACCGCAUCCUCACCGAGAUGACGACGGCGGUGAGGAUCGAGAGCUUCGUCGGGAGGGAGGAGGUGACGGGCAAGCCCGCCUCGUACGUCUCGCAGAAGAUCCGGGCGAACGGGGGCCUGCCCAACCCUUUGAGUGAGGCCACGUUCUACAACAAGUGCACGAUGUUCAUGGCGCCCACGCGGGAGAUGAAGCCCUGGAUGCACAUCGGCAAGCUGGACGGCAUCUUCUGGCAUGUGGUCUCGACCAUCGGGGACACCAUGCUGCUGAAGCACUCCACCGUGGGCGUGCCGAUCACCGAGGCCGUCAGCUCGACCGACAAGGAGCUGCGCGGGAUCAAGGUCGACUUCACCGAGGCGGAGAGGCAGGAGACGCUGAUGAUGGCGCGCUACGCCCUGCCCCCGAUCGAGAGCAACACCGCGCUCAUCGGGAGGAAGUUGGACCGCCCCCUCCCCCGGUGCAUCUACGGGCCCAACACCAUCCCCAUCGGCUACAUCGUGGAGAAGCGCGAGUCGCCGGAGAUCGCCGCGUGGGUGGCGCAGAACCCCGCCCAGCGCUACCUCGUCAACCUCGGGAGCAAGACCAUCGCGGUCCACCAGAUGAACAAGUGCGCGAUGAAGGGGCUGCGCGAGACGCUCAUGAAGCAGGACAGGGUGAACAUUGUGGAUUCGGUCUAA